CAGGACUGCGAGCGGAAGCCGCUGGACGGGGAACCGCUCACACGACUGAAGCUGGAGCGGGUCUCGGUGACCCGCCGGUAGGCGGACGGGUUGCCCAGCGAGUCCAGCGUGUAGCUCAUCUUGGAGGCCUUGGGCAAGAGAUGAGCUGAGAGUUAUUCAGAAGAAAAAAGGAGAGAGUUUUUGAGGAGUGGCCCGCCUGAAACCUCUGGGAAUGGGACAAAGAGGACAGGCUGGGUUAGUCAUUUGUGUUAAAAGUGGGAAGUGGCGCUCCAGUCUGCUUAACGGUUGGGGGACAUCUGAAGCUUCUAGCAGCUUGGGAGGCUCAAUGUCUGCGGACAGGUAUGGGCUUGGUCAAUGUCUUCAGAGGUCUCCUAGACAGGUUCAUUCUCAUUGUUCUUGGAACUGGAAGCUUGCAUUGACUUAUGAGUUCUCCAGUUUCUUUGCUGUACCACAAGACAAUGACCUUACCUGCAGACUUAGAACUGGGUUUCAGCCAAAUCCAUUUUGCAACUCCAGAAAGAGGGGAAAAUACUCAGUGUCUUUUCAAGGCCAACCUCGGGUGAGACACAUGUGGUUUGUGUUCAUCUACUGGAGACAGGAGCAAAGUCACAUAAAUCAAUCCAGGGAUGCUGGUUCCCCCAACAUUGCCAUGGCAGCAUGCUGUUCAGGGAGUCUCCUGGCCACCACUUUUCACUUUAUACAUUGGAUGUAUCUUGCCCCUGCAGCAGGACUUCCGGAUCCUGAAAGCACUUGUUUGCUGCUGUUUCUACAAAUAGAAGAGAAUGACAACAUCCACAGAAGGGUUAAGGUUUUUGAGAAAUUAACCGAAUCCAGGAACAACUAUGAAGAAGAAGAAGAAGAAGAAGAAGAAGAAGAAGAAGAAGAAGAAGAAGAAGAAGAAGGAGAAGGAGAAGGAGAAGGAGAAGGAGAAGGAGAAGGAGAAGGAGAAGGAGAAGGAGAAGGAGGAGGAGGAGGAGGAGGAGGAGGAGGAGGAGGAGAAGAAGAAGAAGAAGAAGAAGAAGAAGAAGAAGAAGAAGAAGAAGAAGAAGAAGAAGAAGAAGAAGGAGAAGAAGAAGAAGAAGAAGAAGAAGGAGAAGAAGCAGCAGCAGCGGCGGCUCAUUUGCUUUAGAAACAAACAAACGCACUUUCCCCUCAAGCCUGACUACCUGAGUUCAAUCUCUGGAAACCAUAACAAACCAGAUGUGGUAGCUCACAGGUGUAACUCUGCAACUGCUGUGGUGCGAUGGAAGAUAAGACAAUUGCCUGGAAGCUCCCACAUCAACUAGGCUGGAGUAGACAGAUGCUGCCUGAGAAGGCAGAAGGAGAGAAUUAACCCAGAAAAUUGUGUUCUAAAAUCUCCAUGUCUACCAUGGAAUGGGUGCACACAUACAUGUAUGCACGCACGCUCAUAUGCAAAUGAACAAAUACCAAGUCAAUUUAAUAAAAAAAAUUUUUAAAAUCUCUUAAAGAAAGUCUAUAUUUGUUUUAAAAUAAAGCAUAUUAAAUGGGGGAUAAGAGGCUUCUCAAAUGCAGGUGUCCUGGGGGAGAUAGAUAAAUAUAGGAAGAGUUGUACAAAACUGUAUUCAUCAACAUUCUGCCGUGGAGCAGGUAGGACCUGAGAGGACCCAUCCUCCAUGAUGGUCUUUAGUUAAUUGUUGCUGGGGGGGUGGGGUGGGGCAUGUCCUGGACCCUCUUAGUGGUGUAACACGGGUCAUGCCGUACACAAGUCAAGUCAACUUAGAAAUCCUGUGAUCAGGGAUGCUGAUGUCUUUCUCCCUGAAACCUAGUGGAAUAUUCAGGAACAGUUCUGAACUCUUGUUUCUUUCAAGCUUACCAUCAUAGUCCCUUGACCAGAACGUUUCUUCCUUUAAGCCCCUGCAUUUAGAAAUUACCAUAUUUUAGAAUAAGCUCUCAUCUUCACAGUUUAAAAAAAUUCCCCACUUUUUCUAGUGUCUCAGACCACUUACAUCAUUGAAAUAGCGGAAAAACAUAUCCCCAGACUUUGACUAUUGGUAAUUUGUAUCAUACCAUUGGUCAAGGCUUUUCCAAAUUACUGUUGUCAAUUUCACCUGUGUAGUCUUUUACUUUUAAUUUUCUUUCUAAAAAUGUUUUUAUUAGAGCGGGAGAGAUGUCUCAGCAGUUAAGAGUGCUAGUUGCUUCCACACCCCUGGCCCUCAGGACCAGAGUUUGGUUCUUAGCACCAUAAGCCUCUGUAGGCACUGGACAUGCAUGUGACACACAGAUACACAUGUAAGCAAAACUCAUACAAUAAAAGUAAAAUACAAAUUAAAAAUGUUUUUCAUUAGCACAGAUUAAACCAUACUGAGUUUUAUUGUAUUUUCACACAUCUCUAUAGUGUAUUUUAAUCCUAUUCACCAUGUUACCCUGUGGACUCUCACUGGUCCUCUUCCUCUAGUUCAUCCCUCUCCACUCUCAUGACUCUCUUUUUAUUCCCCUCUUCUUUUUCCUCCUCUUUUUCCUCCUCCUUCUCCUCCUCCUCUUGUGAUCUGUAGAAUGAGUUUGCAGGGGCAUGAACACUGUACCAGUGGCUACACCACUAAGAGUGUCCAGGAUACACCCCACCCCCACCCCCAGCAACAAUUAACUAAAGACCAUCAUGGAGGAUGGGUCCUUUAAGGUCCUACCUCCCCUAUGUUGAUGAAUACAGUCUUAUACAAGUAUUCGCAGGCUCUGUGCUGUCCUCAUUGUUUCUUAUUUAGUAAACUUUAUGCUUUCAAUCAGCAAAUUGGUUGCAAUUGAUUUCCCACAGUGGUUAUAAUUCUGGGUUAGGAGCUGAAAGGUUUUCCUAUAGGCCUCAGGCUGUAGAGUUCAGAAUGUGUCUAACACGGACUAGAAUGCUGUCAGACAAGUUUCUGAGGAUGUCACAUUACAAAAUGAAUUAACUAUGGAGUCUUCUUAUAGCUCAAAGCAGUGCUCACCCCUUUUCUCUCUCUCGAUUC